AUGAUGGAGAGUUAUGCAAUGAAUAGUCAAGACAAUCCAUUCUACUCUAUCAUUGAUGACCCAACGUAUACAAUUCAUCAAGCAUUGACAUACAGUAAUGACAGCAAAAUUAUCAACAGGUUUACAGGUGCAUUGGUUGUCUACUCGAUAACUCUACCUCCUUUUUUGGUUCUAGGUUUUGUAGUUGCUAUUUUAUUAAUUAUUAGAUGGAGAACAAUGGUUUUCAUCAAGAGAUGUCUUUAUGGGCUAGUGGUGCUCAUGUCAUGUUUACAAAUUUUAUCAAUAACUUCAGGUAUCAUGUAUUCAGUUUGUGUUCUGAUAGGUAAUCAAAAGGAAUGCAUGGAUCCUUUUGCUGCUAUUCAAUAUUCAUGUGGUAAUCUGACUGUCAUUCUAUGUGUCUUUUGCUUCUUGACAAUUACAAGGAUUCUGUAUAAGGUUUACUUUGAUAAGUCACAGUGGUGGAUGAGAGUUGUUGAAAAUCAACAGGAAAGUUUAGGGAAAACCGUCCCAAAGAAGAUUGCCAUUAGGAAUCAACGAUUUGGCAAGUUUGUUAAAUGGACAGCUAUCAUUAGUGCUAUUGGACUUUUAAUUAUUGCCCCUCUUCACAUUGCUACUAUCAUGAUCACAUCUUUGACUUCAUUGAUGCCAGGUGUCAAGGCUGCAACAGCUUCCAGUAUUGGUUACAAUCGUUACUAUGCUGAUGCAGUAUUAGCUCUUGGCUAUUGGUUUUUAAUCUUCUUCUUUGGAAUUAUUAAUAUUGUGGUUGGUGUUUCACUCACUGGAAAAUUAGGAGGUGAACAAGAAAAUGUUCCACUCCAAAGAAGAAAGGCAUGCAGACAAUUGAAUUUGUUGAACGCAUUACAAUUG